GAUGAAACAGUUUGAGAAGGAUCUGUCAUUUGAAGAGAUCAGGAUUCUAAGAAACGUGGUCUUUAGCCAGCUGGAGAAGAGAAUACGAGGUGGAGAGGAGAUCUUUAAGAAGCCUGAGGAGGCCCAGCAGGGGGGCAUCAUGCAGCGAUGGGUGUGGGGUUGGAGCGGCUGGUACUCACAGAAGGGGGGUGCUGAGGGCGGCACAGAGAGCAGCGUGGAUGACACGCCCUCUGGGGCCGGUAGCAGACGCUCCCCCUCACCACCGCCACUCAUUGAUGUUGAAGAGGAGCAAGAAUUAUUAGACGUGCUUGGGGACCCAUCAGCAGACAACAACCUCCUUCGACGGGAUCAUGUCUUUGCGCUCCUCAACUUCAAGCUCCAGGGUGGCUCCAUCAAGCUCUGUACCAACAGUGACCUUGGCGGUACCACGCCCAUCACCAGAACCCCUUCCACCCCAAUUACCCCUUCCAAGUCGGCACCCCCUUCCACCUCAAUGCACCCUUCAUCUCAUCUGGAUCCUGGUACCAGCCCGCCGGGAGACCCGGGGGGAAACGAGAACGAGACCAUCAUCGAGCUGGAGUUCGCCAGCGUCAAGAUGAGCUUUGAGUGGAGGCUGCGGACGAGCUCCUUCCUCUUCACUGCAAAGUUGGGGGCGCUGUUCAUCCAUGAUGUCAUGACAAAGGGUUCACUGUUCCCACACCUGGUAGCUCCACAGCAAAAGAGGGAGGAGCAAACGCUAGGACCCAGACAGUCCCACUCUCUGCUCCUCUCGCGCUCCGCAUCUGCCAGCUUCUCAUACAUGUCGCCCAGUUCCUCCAGUACGAACAUCAAGCAGCCUUCAUCAGACCUCCCUCUCUUUGAGAUGUCCUAUGAAUCAAAUCCACCUCAUUCAAAUGCUGAUUCUAGGCUUGAAAUCAUCAGCAGACCCCUUGACAUUGUCUACAACCCAACAGCAAUGGACAGAGUCUCCAACUUCUUCAAGGCCGAAGGCAGAGGCAGCAAGGGUCUCGGUUCAAGAGCCUCUGAGCUCCAGCUGACUAAGGCUGCUCGAAUGAGGUACGAGGAGCUGAAGAUUCAGACCAAACAAGAACUCGCCUCGACCGUGGACUCACUGCUAGAAGGAGAGAAGCAGACUUCUGAAGUAAAGAGAUGGGAUAUUCACUUUGACAUCUCAGCCCCUCUCAUCAUCAUCCCAGACAACUUCCUCAACAAGGAUGCCACACUGGUUGUUCUUGACUUGGGUAGACUACAGCUGUUCAGCAUGACAGCCAAGGGACGUCGCUCUAAGAAGAGCGAGAAUGAAGCAGAGCUGUCAUCGCCAGGAGAUGAAGAUGAUUUAGAUGAUGACUUCCUCACUCCUCUGUCGACUCCACCCCACGAAGCAUUGGACUUUGUGCCGACCGAUGCCAAAAUAGAUUCCAUGACAACGAGCUCUGGGAUUGAUGUAGCUGAUUUUGAUAACAGUGCCAUCACUGCCGAGGCUCUCAGGGAUAGGAUGUACGACAGAUACACACUGGACAUGUCAGAUCUGCAGAUCCUUGUUGCCAAAGGCUCCGAGAACUGGCGCACAGCCCACUCCAGAGGGCUUUGUCCCUUCCAGGUCCUAGAUAAGUUCUCCAUCUCUGUGAAAGUUGAGCGCCGUCUAACCUUCACGCAGGAUCCUCAGUGGCCGAGCAUGUUGAUGUCUGGGAAUCUACCAAGUCUAUCUAUUCAUAUCAAUGAGAAGAAGAUUCAAGCGCUGAAUAAAUGCUUGAAGCUCAUGUCUGGAUCCAACAACCAAUCAGGGGUUUCCCCUGCAGGGUAUUCCCCUCCUUCCGACACCGAGUAUCCAGGACCUCAGGGUAGAACACAUUAUACAAGUCAAUCAGAUUUUGAGGCCACCAUACAACAGAAAUCCCAAGCCUUACUUGAGGAAUCCAAGCUCCUGGAGAUGCAGUUCUCUGUCGACAAAAUGUCCCUAGCCAUCCAUAGCAGAGGACGUUGUAUAUCUGAGUUCCAGAUAUCUCGAGUGCGGACAGACCUGGUCAAGCGUCCCUUUGAUUCCUCCAUCUCUCUGAGUGUUCACAGUCUACUUGUUAUUGAUGCUCUUCAGCAAUUUGGACCAGACUUUGAACUUCUUCUUGCCUCACAUAAGGACCUCAGCAUGCAUGCCCCUAGUGGAAGCAUCGUGGACAGCGAAGCCUCCACUCCUAGGUCCCUCCGAUCACCCACCUCGCCUAGAUCACCUGCCUCCCCCGCAGAGAAGAUGAUGGAACCAACCUCACAUGCUGAACUGGCAUCUGCCAUUAGACAGAUGGGGGCCAAUAGCAAAGGGGGUAACCAAUCAGGCGCGUCAUCCCUUGCCCCGCCUGCUCUCUCGCCCUUUGACCCUGUGGUUAAUGAUAAGGAAGCGCUCAUCCAUGUGGAACUACAGCUCAUCAAUGCCGACCGUCCAUCAAACACCAACAAUGAGGGUCCCGUGCAAGUCGCUGUCAUUCAGGUCAAUAGCUUGGAUGUCAUAGCUAAUCAAGAGACUAUAGUAGAGCUCCUGUCCUUCUUCCAGCAAGCCUUCCCAGAAGACGAGAACAAACCCAAGCAGUCCCCUGAAGAUCCAUCCAGCUUCACCAACUCACUCUUACGGGAAGCAAGUAUCAUAGAGCCUUCCAACAGCCAGACACCAACCCGUACAGAGAUCUCAGCAGACUUCCGCUGCCUUAACAUAGUCAUGGUCAGGGGCAUCAUGGGAACCAAGGUCAGAGGUCAGAAAGUUGCUACAGCCACUGUGAGUGAGGCUCACGUACAUGCAACUCUAGGUGGGGAGAUGAGUGUGGGAGGGUUUCUUGGUGGUCUCCAGCUCUUAGACUUAACGCCAGAGGGCAGCAGACACCAAAAGGUCUUCAGUGUCGGACAAGACCCAACAACAACAGGCCAGAAGACUUCUCUUGAAAGGGAUUCAGUAAUGAAACAAAGUGACCAGACGGACCUGUACAAAUCUGCCCUGGAUACCUCGAGAUUUAGCACGAUCAAAGACACGGAAGACAAGGAAGUCAAGGAAGACAAGAAAGGCAAGGAAGUGCUGAGAGCCUUCUCCUUUACUUUCAAGAAAGGAAGAGACGUUGAGAACGCAACAGCUAUGUCUCUGGGAUCACCUAUCAAGAUACAAGUUGGUGGAGAGGAUAUUGAUGAGCAGUUGAACCUGUCGCUUCAUCUUGCAUCCCUCUGCUACAUCCAUGUCCCUCGGUUUCUCCAUGAAGUCACCCUCUGCAUGGACGAGUUUCAGAGCUCAAUCGCCAACCUUGCAAACUCCAUUCAGAAGGCAGCCGGCGAUGCAGCCAGGGAAUUAAUACAGUCGCAGAUGCCUGACCUUGUCACGUCCUUCUCCCCAAGUAUGUUCAACACCAUGAUGGAGUCUCCUGGGAAAAGAGGAAACACCUUUGGAGAUUCAUCCAUGGACAUGACUGACUCACGUAUCGGUGCUAAGUCACACACCAGUAUGAACUUCGAUAUCGUCAUGGAGACGCCUGUAAUCAUCAUCCCAAGGACAGCAUCCAGCUCAGAGCUCUUGGUCGCCCAUCUAGGAAAGAUCAGCUUGACCAACAGCGAGUCUUCGGACAUCAGUCGGGACAUGGACAUCGAGAGCACCUUGGGACUCGACCCAAAUCCGGAUAUGACCCGCCUCUUCUUGAGGAUUCAGAACGUGAACCUCUUCUCCUUCAACCACGAAGACACAAACGUGCCAUCGGAGCAGAGCGUAACCAGCAUCAGUUCGGACAUCAUGAGCGCUGCCUCCGGACCUUAUUCAGGGACACCUAUCCUUCACAACACUUCUCUGGAGGUCAUCGUGAAUCAGAUCCCAUCGGAAUCUGGUCCACCGGUCAUGGAUAACAGCAUGGCAUUCCCUGACCUUGAGGAGAAAGAACCUCUCGACCUUGACCACCACUCCUCCACCUUGCAAGUUGUAGGUAAGGUGGUCACCCACCUGAAGGUCAUUCUGUCCAAGCAUAUCUAUGAACAGAUCCUGCAAACCCUGGAUAACCUGACAUAUGAUGAACCAACAAAGGUACCCUCCACUCCUGUUAACCUAGAGAAAACUAAAGGCAGAAAGUCAGGGAUCUUCAAUGUCAAGGAACUAGAGCCGUUGGGGACACAAUCAAAGACACCUGGGUAUCGUAGAACCACAGAAAGUACACCCAUCCGACCUGCUGGAAGUAAGCUCCCGAUGAGGAUAUGUGCGAACUUUGCCAUGCCAGACCUCUGUAUUCAAAUGCGGGGUGACCUCAGUGAUGGCGAUCAAGGCAUCGUCAAUGUGUGCUUCUCAGACUUCAGCAUCGAUUACGAGAAGUCUACUCCAGCCGCGACGUCGGUCACCAUCCUUCUGCAGUCUCUGGUGAUUGAGGACCUCCUUCAAAGCCCCGACUCCAAGCAUCGCCAACUCGUAGCAUCUCAUGGUGGCACCAGACGCUCUGGCAGUGGCCCGUCAUCCAAGAUGGUCCACUCCACAUCGUGUCCAUCAGUGACGGCCAUGCCGGCGAUGUCGCCCAUCAGACCCAGCUCAGUGCCUUCGGAACUAAACAACCCUGAUCAGUAUUAUGCUCCUCAGUACAGUAGACAAACAAGCAGUAGCAGCCGGGGUAUGUACCCUUCCACACCACCUCCUUCUCUGAACAUCUCCUUGGAGGACAUAAACGUAUCAACAGAUACAGUCCCUACCAGUGAUGCCCUGGUACAGAUCAGAGUUCUCCUGGUAGACAAGAAGAGUCCAGAGUACGCUACCAAGUACAAGAAGACCAACCAGUUUGUUGAUGUUGAGUUCAACCAGCUGGACAUCACCAUCAACCAGCAGACUUGGGUGGUUCUCCUGGACUUCCUGGGUAUAGGUAGCUCACUACCUAAGGACAACGUCCAACAGGACACUCCAACCAGAACCAGUGCUCCGCAGAGACAGACAUCUGACGUACAACCACUGCCAACUCAAGUAACAAGUGUAGGUGAACCAGAAGGUAACAACAUGGAGAUGCAGGUGCACCUGGCAUCCCUCUCUCUCAUCCUCAACAAACCUGACUACGAGCUCGCCAAGGCCAGCGUGUCAGAGGUCAAUGCUCACAUGACCAACAUGGAGGGCAACCUAGAGGUCAAAGGUCACAUGGGAAGCAUGUCGGUGCUGGACUUGACCCCACACGGAAGGCUCUACAGGGAGAGGUUCACAACGAAAGGAGAAGAGGCUCUCAGCUUCCAUAUUUUCAAGUACGGAAAGCCCCGCAAGGAUUCUCAAAAGAAGUCUCAAAGAGAGUUUGACAUGAGGGUGAAACUGAGGAUGUCAACGGUCCGCUAUGUUCACACGAACCGUUUCCAGUCAGAAGUUGUGGCCUUUGCACAGCAUUUCAACCAACUCCAGGAAGUCCUUGGCACUAUGAGGGCUGCAGCUGCAGGGCAUGAGGUAUCUGUUGAACCAACUCGUACAUCUCGCAUCAUGCUUGAUGUCCAGGCUGGCUCUCCUGUCAUACUAGCCCCCGUCAGCUCCCAGUCCAAGGACCUACUGGUCAUCAAUCUUGGUGCCCUGACCCUACGCAACCAGUUCCUGAUGUCUGGGACACCCGGAACCAUCAUCCACAAGACCACUCCUCCUAAACCUCGCCCCGAGGACCCUAAGCCCUCGGAAGAAUCCUCCAAACCUGCCAGAGAAACACCACGGAAGGUGGCCACAGCUCAUGGUCUAAAUUUAGAAGACAGUCCUGGACUUGGCCUAGGAACUGCCCCUGGUGUCUUGACACGAGCCAGCACAAGAACUGCAGUAAUAUCUAAGUCCAGCCAUGGACCACAGUAUUCAUCAACGCCAAAGCAUUCUCCAAGAGUUGCUGAUGAAGCGAGUGAAGCGGAAGUGGAUGCCAGCAAGAAGGAGGAGAAUACGAGUUGUCUUCUAGACUGUAUUCAGAUCGAUCUUGAAGACAUGGAUCUUUACCCUGCAGAGCGGGUGUCUCCUACAGACUUUGAUGUGUCUGAUGGAACAGCUUUGAUCUUUCCGUCUUUCAUUGUCCAAAGAAAGGGUGGCAAACUGUUGAAGCAGACAUGCCUUCUGAAACUGCAGGUGGACCGUAAUCUGGACAUUGACAUCAGAAGGACAGUUCCAGACAUGGAAAUAGAUGGUCUGCUCUCAUCGGUCCACUGCUGCCUGGACCUCUCCCAGUACCAGCUCAUCCGUGGGUUCCUGGACCACAAUCUGGGCGAGCCUCUGGAGGAGUUCCAAACACUGCCCCGCCCUUCCAAUCCCGAAUCCCAGACGGUCCUCAGCGGGCAGACCUGCACCAACAUCUCCAUGCAUAUCAACCUUGUCAACGUGACCCUUGAACUCCUCCUCCAGCAUGCAUCUGACCCUGUCGUUGGUGUCCAUGGUAAUGAGUCUGAGGAGGCAGUGCCCGAGAGGUCGUUGGGUCAAUUCAACUUCAUGGAGUCCAAGUUCUCGUUCAUGAGCCAGUCCAACGGAGCCAAGACGGUGGACUUGGUGUCACAUGCCAUCAGAGCGUAUGAUACCAGAUGGAAAGGUGAUACAAGUAAGAAGAGAAGCAACGUCUUUGAGGAGAUCCUGACCCCUACCAGACAUCACAGUCGCAACCCGAACCCUCUUCAGCUGGAGCUGCACUUCACAUCCCAGGCUGAUAGUACCAGAGCAACGGCCCUGCUCAACAACAUGAGAGUCAUAUGUGUCUUUGACCUCCUCCUAGCGGUCAAGGAUUUCUUACUGGCCUAUGAUUCACAGGCAGUACAAGGAUCAGAAGGAGCAAGCGCCCGGGCAUCGUCAGAAGCCUCAACAUCCCUGGACCCUUCAACAGAGUCUUCUAACGUAACGACGGUAGAUAAGAGAUCCAGGUCACCGGUCAGCAUUGGAACAGGCAUACUCACCAAGAGGGUACCACACAGAGAACAGGUUGAGAAGAACUCAGACUUCAAGGUGAAUGUGACUGAGACAGAGUUUGUGAUCUUAGGCGACACAUCAUCUAGUGAUUCUAAUGCAGUCAUCCUGAAGUCUACCUGUGCAGUGCUUACCUACAAGCCCGUCUCGAAGGAGAACCCUUUCUCAUGCGGUCUAGAAGGGUUGGAGGUAUUCUCCUGCUGCAUGAGUAGUGAAGAGGACACCGCACUCUCCAUCGUUGAUCCUAGCACCAUCAACGUGGAGCUGAAGGGGACGUCAUCUCACCUUCACAGCGGGCAGCAGCUCGGUGGGCUGCUAGACAUCAUGGAUGCCCAUGCUAUAUUGGAGGUUCACAUACAAGCGCUGAACAUCCGCGUAUCCUACCAUGAUGCUCAGCUGUUCCUCAGCAUCAUGAACUCACUGCCAUCCCAGAUGAUCAAGAAACAACACUCUGAGGACGAGGAGGAAGAGGUGGAGGCGGUGGAUAAUAUGAGGAACGAGGCAGAGGAGAAGACGCAAUCCAAGUCAAAGAUUAAGAGACAAAUCGCCAAGUUGAAGGAGUUAGGGUUCCAUACUCAAGACUGUCGCAAGGCCUUGGAGAGGAGUAACUACAGACUGGACCUAGCUGCAGGAUGGCUCCUAGAGAAUGCCCAGCCUGUUCCUGCUUCGAGCCCGGCUCAUAGCCCUAGGGAACCGGACAGGGAGGAUGGGGGCAGCGGCAAGAUGGAGAUUGCAGGAAUCGAGGUGCGAGCUGGCUCCCUUGCCAUCACCCUCAUCGAUGACUGCGGUAACAUCGACAUCCCUCUGAUAGAGAUCUCCUGCCAGAACCUCAACUUCUUUCAGAAGCUUCUCCCUAGCGCCCAAGGUCAAGCUGCUUGUGUUCUCUCUGCUGACUACUAUCAUAGGAGUCUCUCGGGCUGGGAGCCUUGCUUAGAACCAUGGAAGUGCAAUGUGGAAUGGAUCCAGCAAGCCGCAAGCCAGAUGUAUGGGGAAAGACUCUUCAUUCAAAUGAAAGUGAAUGACAGGUUGGAUCUGAACGUGACUAGCGCCCUCAUCGAUCUCUACAGCAAUACAAAGAAGAGCUGGACAGAAGACUACUAUAGCAAGGGAGGGAGGGCCUCUGGAAGUGGUAGGACGAGAUCACCAUUUGUGCCCUUUGCAAUCAAGAACCAGUCGGGUUGCAGGCUUUCUUUUGCAACCCUCACAACCACCCCCAACAAGGUUGUAUCGUCACCUGAAGAGAAGAUGAAUACAGAGAGAACCUUCAGUGCAUGGAAAGAGGUAGAGUCUGGACAAGAGGUACCCUUCAUGUUUGAAGAGAAGGGCAAGGCAAGGCACAGGAACACCCAUGAGUUGAGGGUUCAUCAGUUGGUUGUGAAGGUUGAUGGCUGGGAGCAGCUCACACCAGUGUCUGUUGACAAGGUCGGAGUCUUCUUCAGACUGGCCAAACCGCAUCAUAAUCAACUCUCUAGCAUCUUCACAGACCAGCAACCAGCCAGGGUUGUGUUUCAUGUGAGCCUAGAGGGUGGUGCUCGUAAGCUGAUCACGGUCCGAUCAGCGCUGAUGGUUGUGAGUCGUCUGAGUGUACCCAUUGAACUCAAACUGGUCAAUCCCCAGUCUCCGACCGACAAUCCCCAGGUCCUGGAACCAUUAGAGCCCAACCAGAAGGUAGCCAUCCCACUGCCCUGUGUAUCCUGGGACAUCUACCUCAGACCCAAAGGAUGGGCCGUCUCGUACUGCGACAAACCGUUGCUAUGGCGACAGGCCCAGUGCCCGGGUGACUCCAAGAGCUUCCCUAUGGAGUGCAGGACGGACAGUGGAGACUCGGGUAUCUUCAGGUUCUGUCUGUUCGUGAAGCACGAAGCUUUCCCCUUCAAGGGUGCCCUCGGCCGACGGUCUCAAGCCAAGAAGACGGAGACGCUGGCCGCUCAGCCUGGCCACACCUUGACCAUCCUGCCUCCCAUGGUGCUCACCAAUCUCCUGCCCAUGGAACUCAACUUCCUGGUGGUCAAAUCCAAUGUCCAAGGCUGCAUCAGACCAGGAAUGGAUGAACCUAUCUACACGGCUGACCUUGACCAUUCACAAGACAUCAAGUUCUUCACUGAGUCUUUCAGGGAAUGCACUCAACCUCUCACCAUACCGGCCAAACACAACUGUGAUGGGUGUGCUUACAUUGAGCUCCGAGACACACAUCCAAAGAGGAGGAGCUUACAGCUUGCUGUUAGGGUAGAGUGUGUUGCUGGUAGAGCCCUCAAGGUGUCUGUCUCAGCACCCUACUGGUUGAUCAACAAGUCUGGGUUGCCUCUGGUGUUCCGUGAGGAGGGGGCUGAUUUCGAUGCAGCCGGUCAGUACGAUGAGCAUGAGAGAGCUAGGAGUGUAGCCCCUCUCAUGCUGUCAUACAGGGAGCCGGGCAAAGCAGAUAACAUGUGUGUGAUGCGUCUUGGACAGAGUAUCAUCGGGCUAGAAGGCAGACCUAACUGGUGCCAUCGUAUGUCACUAGAGGGCGGUACAGGAGUACGAUCCCUCAGGAUCCAUCAAGACGGAGGCAGACCUCACAUAGUCUACAACAUCGGUAUUGAUGUUCGGCCAGGUAGGGGGCGCUAUCAUGAAACCAAGAUUGUGACCUUCGUACCUCGCUUCCAGCUGGAGAACCGCUCCUCUCAUCACCUUGCCUUUGCUCAGCGACAUCUCACUACAGGCAUUGGACCCAAGAAUCCCAGGAAUCAUCUUGCCAUUACAUCCGGGUCAAAGGUCAUAUUUCACUGGCCGCGUGAUGACCUUGACAGACUGCUGUGUGUUCGUAUGCAUGACCUUGAGGGCUGUCGAUGGUCUGGUGGAAUACGCAUAGACCAACCAGGAUCUCUCAACAUCAAUAUGAGGAGUAACAACAACCAGACAAACAUUGUCCACGUUGAGGUACGCCUUAGAGGAGCUACGUUCUAUGUGAUCUUCACUGAUACAACAGAUCUACCUCCGCCUUACAGGAUAGACAACAUGUCAGAGGUUGAUAUCAUCUACUACCAGCGAGGAGUGACAGACCCAACACUUAGGACUAUGCUAAGACCAAAGAUGUCAGUUCCGUAUGCAUGGGAUGAGCCGAUUCUCCCCCCUCUCAUGGUGUGUGAAGUGAAAGGAGGCUCCAGCAGUGUCUAUAACCUAGACAAGCUUGAAGAUGGUAACCAUCUCUACUAUGAGAACUUCAUCUACAUUGCGAUGGACUCCACAUUUAAAGGGUAA